GGUACCUACCUAGGUAGGUAGGUGCUUUCGUUAUGUAAUAGUGGACGUUAGGUAUGGAGCUUAACCUAUUUUUAUUGAUGCCUCGCAGUUCAUCUUAUCCACCAGGUUUCCUAAGGCUAGGUACCUGUUACGUAGGUACCUCUAACCUAACCUAAACAUUUACAAAGAGUCAUCCGGCAUACUACCUCCUAAUCCGUGAUGUAGGCCUAGCCAGAUUACCACCUCGAUAAACACCAUUUAAAACUUGAUGAAGAGCUACCAGGCCUUGGGGAUUUAUCCAACCUGAUACAUGUUUUCUUAAAACAUCAACAGGUAGUCGAGACAUCCUCAUUUACUUCGCAUAUCACUUCCCAUGUCAUGGCGGUCCUCCCUCCCUUUGCGCCUUUUCCGGAAGCGCCUUGGAGGAAUCACAUCGUUCCCGAGGAGUGGGAAGCCUGUCUAGCUAACUGGCUUGCGCUGAUAGAGGCUCACCUUUCUCUAUCCAACGAUGAGUUUGCUAGCUUGUCCGCCAACGAUGAAACAUUACUAUCUUUUCUCGUCUCUUUUACGACAGAAGCCUCAACAAACGGUGUCGUCGUGCUGGGUACAUCACAAUCCGCGAAGUUAUUAUUCCGUCAAUGUUUUCUUCUAGCUGCUAGACUACUACGGUUGUCUUCUCCGCCCUCUCCCCUCCUUCAGUGGGAGUUCCUUUCCGACUUCAGCCGUCUGUUUUCGAAAAAGAGAACAUGGCCUCUAAUCAAUCAGGCCUUCCAGAAGCCGCCUGUGACGAACUCCUUGGCUAUCCUCAAAAAAUCAUUAAUCAUUACGCUGGAUUCGGGCCUCAUUGGUGACCUUAGGACUUUGGAGUCUCAGUUAAAAAGACUUAACCAUCUCAUCCACGCAUCUCCUGACAUAGCCGCAUUCUUCCUAGCCGGGAGUGAUUUUCUUGACGGACUUAUUAGUUGCUACAAGAUCAUGAAUCCUCCUCUGAGAAAGGCCAUUGUGACAACGGCUUAUUUAUGUCUAAUUGGGUUGACCGAGGGUAAUCCUCCUAAUUUUUCCAUGCUGACUGACCAGCUCUACUCCCUUAAAGCCGCGGCCGAUAGUCAUAAAGCAGGGCCGUUGAAUGCGAAUGACUCCAUGGUCGCGGAGUUGGUUACAGUUACCCCUAUUAUUAAACAGGUUCAACACCGCUUUGAGGAGUCUAAUUUGAGCACGACACGAUGGAAGUCGGCUUUAACUGCGUUGGAGGGCUUCCGAAAGCCUGGUGGUAUUGUCAGGCCGAAAAGAAUGGUCCGACAAAAAAUAGACAAGGGAAAAGGAAUUAUGACUGACGACGAUGAUAUCCUUGGAGAGAUGAGAGUACAUCACAUGAGUCAAAUAUCUCAGAUACAGGACCUGUUCCCAAAUCUAGGUUCUGGCUUUGUCUCAAGGCUGCUAGAUGAAUACGAAAACAAUACUGAGCAAGUUAUUGCGCACCUUCUCGAAGAUUCCUUGCCCGCCCACUUAGCCAAUGCCGACCGCAAAGAAGAGCUGUCUCAGGAGAAAAGUAGGGGGAAAAGCCGCGAUAUUGCACCUCGACCGAAUCCACCACUUUUACCUUCAGAGCGCCACAAUGUAUAUGAUGACGACGAAUUUGACAAGCUGGCAGUGGACAUGUCUAACAUCCAUUUUGGAAAGCGAAAUCCGGAGAAAUCGGCGGAUGAUAUUUUGAAUGAUCGGUCCUCCGCUCCCAAUAAGGCCGCCAUUCUCUCCGCGCUUUCCGCAUUCGACGCAGACGAUGACGAACGUGAUGACACUUACGACGUUGCGGAUGCUGGGUUGGUAGUAAAUGACGGAAACCCAGAAGAUGCUGAUGACCAAAAACGAAAGGAUGCAAGUGAAGAAGCUCUUUUUAGGGCUUACCAGUCUGAUUCGAAAGUGUUUGAUAGAGAUGCGGCGAUGAGAAGAGGCCAAACCAGAGCUAAACUGAAGCAGCAGACGGGAAUGACCGACGAGGCUAUUGAAGGCUGGGCAUUGAUGCUGACCAGAACGCCGCAUCAGAUGAGACAGUUGGAGAUGAAAUAUAGUGCGUUUAGUGGCGACCAACCUGCUUUAGCCCCGACUGCUUGGCGUGCAAGCCCGGCGGAAUCGGCAGCUGAAGAGUCAGAGAUUGACAACGGGGGCAACAAUCCCAAUAACCCCCGGGGUGGAUCGAGUAAUCGUGGCCGCGGCCGUGGAGGCCGGGGACGAGGUAGAGGUGGUGGGGGUGGGGGUGGGGGUGGAGGAAACGUCGCCGGUCCAUCUGGCGAUAAAGAUACCGAAAGCGCUAGGAGACGUAAGGAAGCAAACAAGGGCUCCAGAGCCAAUCAUAACAGGCGCAAUCAACGUGCCAGGAAGAUGGCACGUGGGGGACUUCCCGGAUGAUCAGGUAGCCAUGUUCAGUGAUUAAAGAUAUACCUAAAUCCUG